AUGCUUAGAAACUUUAACAGUGUUUGGCCAGUGAGUCUACACGUCAGUAUCUCUAUAGUAUUUCAGGUGCCUAAUCACAAUUAUAAAGGGAUGAUAAUUGCCACAAAUCAUUAUUAUUAUUGAUUUAUGGACUACUUGUCUAUUUGUCCUUGCAUGUAUAAGGCGUUAUCAGUGAUUUCUCUGAUUGAACAACAUUGUCAGCUGUGAUUUUGGCUGCAGAAAAGUAAAAGUCUGGAGGACAGUCUGAGUACGGAGUGGGUGAGGCGCAUGCGCAGUAUAACGUAGAGUAAAGCGCGCGUAUGUUUGCUAAAUUGAUGAAAGAUGUCCAGAGAAAUACAACAGGUGCUGCGGCUGGUGAUGCUGUUGGGAAAGCAGCGUGGGGUGCGUGUGCAGGCUGCAGGAGGACUGCUGGUCCUCCUGUGGACUAAAACAGGGGCAGCUGUCCAAAGUCUGAACUGCACUGUUGCAGGUGCUGGCCCCUGGUGCAAAGGCAUUAAAAUGAAAACACUCGAGCCAGUCCUCACAGAUUUGAAGGAGAGCAUGUUUCCCCGUAUGUCGCCGUGUCCCUCUGUCCCUGACCCAGAGGAGCUGUGUGCCUUCACUGAUCUGUAUGGUUCCCUCAGAUUACUCCUGUCAUUUCAGAUGAGAGAUUCAAGACUUUUCAUUCCAGAGUGGUGUGUUCGUAUUGAAGAGUUCCUGCGCAUGUUUAGUUUGGUGAACGCAGGGAUCAAAACCCAACUCAAAUUACAAUUCAGUCAGCAGACCUUCCAGCAAGAAUUUAGAGUGAAGAUCAAGAGUAAAGUUGCAAGAGCAAAGCAGCCAUCACUCAUGUUGGAUGUCACCUGUAGGACACAGCCUCCAGAGUGUGUAAAGAAAGGAUGCUGGUGUCAGGGAGGACACCCUCUCUGUGGCAGCAGAUUGCCACUCAGUAUUCCACCUGAAGCCAUGGAGCGAGGUCUGUUCGGGGAGCUCAGCAUCCAGCCUGUCACACUCCUUACACCCUGUGUGCUGCAGUACCCCAAUCUGGCAACACAACUCACCAACAUACAAGUGUUGGUGUGCAGCCCAAGUAAUGUUCCUGUCACAGGCCCCUCCACCUUCUUCCAGAACCUCCCUAAUGAACUGGACUGUCAGGAACUGGGCCUGCACAGCCUCCACUGCUCCCUAGAUCAUGUGAACAGUGGUGCCACCGUGUACACGGCAAAGCAAGAAAACCUCCAGGAUUCAGAACAAGAAUUAAGUCUUCCCUCAGUGCAGCAGACUCUCCUGCUCUUCCUCUUCCUGCAGCACAGUGACCCGUUCACCUGCCAUCUCUCUGAUAGUAUGGCCACAGAGGCGCUGAUAGAGCACCACCUGGAGGGCAUUCUGAGCAACAACAGGCAGGCAGUCACAACAGCUCUGCAGACUGAGCUGAAGAACGCACUGAAAGGCCUGAAUCGUGGAAAAAAGAACCAUGAGAAGCUGCGUUCAGCUGCUGAGGUGAUUCUCAGCUCGUCCAUCAGUAUCGUGAGCUGCAGCAGUAACCUGGACUUCAGAAACGCCUGUCUGAGCAGCAUGAAGGUGCGUGACACUCAUGAGCUGUCAGCUUCCCUCCGCGAAUCCCUGAGGAGGGUGACGUCAUGGAAAUUCAUUCCCAGGGGCAAGUGCUACCCUACACAGGUGGAAGAACAGGAGGGCGAUGAGCCCACCGGAAGAGAAAUCUGAGAAAGUGUGUUUUGUCUCUUUCGUUUCGUUUGAAGGCUGUUGAAAGCAGUUAACACUGGAAUGUCUUUUUUAAGUGCGGUAGUAGUGGUAAAUGUGCUGCUGACUAUUUAAUAUUUAAUGUAAUACAUAUAUUGUUUAUAUUAUAGUUUGUGUGUUAUAACAGACGUUAUUUUUUAGCAUAGUUCUACGAUAAAAUGCUCCAAACAAGAUCAACAUUGAACUGGAUCUGCUUCUGUUGAUGUUCUGUUUGUUUUAUGCACCCCUAAUUAAACAGUACGGUUAAACAUGA